UUGAACUGCUGCCCCGCGCUGCGGAGGGCCGAAAGGCGGGAGCCAACGGCCGGCUCUGCGGGGCGCGGGGCGACGCGGGAGCCCGGCGUAGAGGGGCUGGCCUCGCUGGGACCUGGAGCUGUGAGUCUUCUGGCCCCGCCGUCGCUCCUGCGCAGACGUGGGAUCACAGCCGCCGGGCCUUCGGCGACCCGGGGUUCUGGGGCGCCAGCGGGCAUUGUCUCCGCCGCCGGCGUCCCCCGAGGCCGCCCCCGGCCAUGAUCGACUCGGUGAAGCUGCGCCGCGACAGCGCGGCCGACUUCUUCUCGCACUACGAGUACCUGUGCGCGCUGCAGGACUCGGUGCCGCUGCCCUCGGUGCGCGCCUGCCUGCGGGAGGGCGUGCUGGACUUCAAUGCCGACCGCCUCCGCGUCGUUGACUGGGCGCCGCUCCUGAGCACCCUCAAGAUUAAUAAAGAUCUGCCCCUAGUCUCUAUCAAGAGCUUCUUCCAGCCGUGGCUUGGCGAAACAGUCUCUGACAGGAAUAAAGUUUGCAGAAGUCGUGUUCCUGCAAUAAGAAGCAAAGAUGUGACUUUCCAGUUAUGUAAAGCUCUCAAAUGCUGUUUAAGUAUAUCAAGCGCUCUGAAGAACCUAGAACUAAAUGGAUUAACUCUAAGAGAGAGAGAUUUAACUAUUCUGACGAAGGGAUUGAAUAAAUCGGCUGCUUUGGUACACCUGUCUCUUGCAAAUUGUCCAAUUGGAGAUGGAGGUUUAGAGAUUAUUUGUCAAGGUAUAAAGAACUCUAUCGCUCUUAAGACCGUAAACCUCACGGGCUGUAAUCUGACGUGGCGGGGAGCAGAUCACAUGGCCAAGAUCUUAAAGUAUCAGACCAUGAGGAGGCAUGAAGAAACCUGGGCCGAGAGCCUUCGUUAUCGGAGACCUGACCUGGACUGUAUGGCUGGUUUGAGGCGCAUCACCUUGAACUGCAACACGCUCAUUGGUGACAUUGGUGCAAGUGCUUUUGCAGAAUCUCUCAGUGAUGAUUUAUGGCUUAGAGCACUUGACCUGCAGCAGUGUGGCCUCACCAAUGAAGGAGCAAAGGCUUUACUAACGGCCCUGGAAACCAAUAGGACUCUGGUCAUUCUGGAUAUAAGAAAAAACCCACUUGUUGAUCAUUCUGUGAUGAAAGCAGUUAUUAAGAAAGUUCUCCAGAAUGGAAGGAGCGCCAAGUCAGAGUACCAGUGGAUCACUUCUCCGUCGGUGAAGGAACCAUUCAAAGCUGCUAGGCAGAAAAAGAGAACUAUCAUCCUGGGAAGUGGCCGAAAAGGGAAAGCUACUAUUAGAAUCGGACUGGGCACGAAGAAGCCUGUAAGUAAUGGAAGAAAGCACUCCCUUGGCAAAGAGUACUAUGCCCCCGAGCCUCUCCCUCCUGGCGUGUCUGGCUUCCUGCCGUGGCGCACAGCGGAGCGUGCCAAGAGGAGCAGGUGGGCAUUUCCCUUCCCUGCCUGCAGCCGUUCACCAUUCUUCGUUUUGGAUCCUGCGUCACGUGGGAGGCGCCUGGUGGAAAAACUGGAGGGGUGCCUAAAGCAGUUAAAGGAGGAAAGAGUAAUAAGACUGAAGGCUGAUAAACGAGUCAGUGAGCUGGAACGUGAAAACGCCCGGUUGAGAAAUAUCAAUUACUCUUUGUCUGAAGCCCUUCACGCGCAGACGGUGACAAGCGUGAUGCUGGAUGAUGAAGGGGUUUUGCGCAGCAUUGAGAACUCCUUCCAGAAGUUCCAUGCCUUCUUGGAUCUCCUUAAAGAUGCUGGGCUUGGUCAGCUUGCCACAAUGGCUGGUAUAGAUCAGUCAGAUUUUCAUUUGCUCGGUCAUCCCCAGAUGAAUUCUACGAUGACUAGUCCUCCUAGAGAAGAAAAGAAAGCGCCCGAAGAAGAAAAACCAGAAUCAAAGCAGAACUCCCUAGGACACGUGCAGAACAUCCAAGUUUCUAUUUGUAUGCAGUCAGCUUACAGUGAAGGAACACUAAUGAAGUUUCAGAAAAUUACAAGCGAUGCUAGAAUUCCUUUGCCUCUCGACUCCUUCCAUGGCCCCGUCUGUACGCAAGAGCCCUUAGAAACUUCCAGAGACAACCUGGGAGCCCCGGUCAGUAAGCAGCAGCAGGAGUCUUUCAAAGAAUUCAUUGCUAGAACAUGUUCUCCAUCAGCUGAUGUGAUAUCUGGAAUUGGCAGCCAAAGAAAAGAUGACGAAUUAUCUAGAAAUAGCAAAUCUUCUUCAGAGAAGUUGACCAAACCAGGUGAAUAUACCAAAAAACACUCUGCUAAGAAACAGUCCAGAAACGACCUGCGUUCCUGCUCUGACUCCCCUAUAAAUUGGAAAAGUAACGGAAUCGGGCAAAAUGGUUCUUUGGUUCAUGAACCAAUUAAAAGCGAGUCUUUGAAAAACCCCAUUUCUGACAAGAAAGAAAGUAAAAUAGUGACUCUUUCAUCGAAGAGAACUAAAAGUAAACUCAAUCUGUUAGAACACUCUGAAAGUGAUACUCUUGGAUCUGACUUUGAAAUUCAAGAAAGCAUCCAUUCUGUAUCACGCCUGACAUAGGUCUAAAUCUUUUGAAAUUAUGUUUUUGCCUCCAAAUUUUAAUAAAGUCCUUAUAUUUUCAUUGUG